AUGGGUACAUUUUCCGAAAGAGAUGUCUCGAUCAAAACGCUGAGAUUGGACGUCUGUACGAGGACGGGUAUACCACAAGACUUGCUUGGGCCACCGGAUAUUUCCUUCCAAGAGGGGGUGGAAACUCCACGUUGCAGAACGGCGAAGGACGAUCUGAGAAAGUUGAACCGGGCGACUGCGACUGUCCAUAAAAUGCAUCCCGACUACCUGUUGGCUGCUCUCAAACAUAUACUGGAGAUGGUGCUCUACUGGCCGUACCGUAAUGUGAUCUACGAGCAUGUGGGAUCGGUCAUGUUUUUACUUGAUGGAAGACUGCUGGAGUGGGAUUUGACUGAGUAUUUGCAGAAAAUGUGGUCAGAAGAUGAGGACCAUGCGCAGUGGAGGCAGGGUGUCCUUGUACAGAGAAAGAACAUCGGUUUUUGUGCAGAUAAUAUGCUCCCAAAAGAAGGGACUUGA